AUGAAGCGCGGAUUGAAAUCGCAGCAAUCUUCAUUUACAAAACUCAAAACUGAACAAGAGGCUGCAACUCAUGCCAGCUUUCGUGUGGCUCUUGAAGUCGCAAAACAUGAAAAAUCAUUCACCGAUGGAGAAAUUAUCAAAGAAUGGGUAAUUGCAGUAGCCGAAGAAAUAUGCCCUGAAAAGGAUACUGAACGAAAUGCAAUUCCAGGGGAAAGGUUCCGGUGGCCAAACGGGAUCGUUCCUUACGUCAUAGAUGCUUCCUUAUCCUCAGAGAGAAAUACAAAACUCAUAAAAAAGGCUAUGAAACACUAUCAUGAUAACACCUGCGUUCGUUUCGUUCCCAGGCGUGAAGAAAAAGAUUACGUUAGAUUCUUUUCCGGAAGAGGGUGUUACUCCUACGUCGGAAGAGUAGGAAGUGAACAACCAAUAUCUUUAGGUAUGGGUUGUAUGUAUGUGGGAACGGUUAUUCACGAAAUAGGACAUGCUUUAGGAUUUUACCAUGAGCAGAAUAGAUCAGAUAGAGAUAAAUACCUGAUAAUAUAUUAUAAGAAUAUUAGGCGAGGUAUGGCACUUAACUUCGCUUUAUUGGCACCAUCACAAAACCUUUUGUUAACACCUUUUGACUACGGAUCCAUCAUGAUCUAUGGAAACACGGCUUUUUCUAAAGAUGGCAAAUCGUACACUAUGGAGGCGAAGGAUGGAACGCCACUCUUCAACCCAUACACCAAGCAAGAAAUGACACCAAGCAAAAAAUCCAAUAUCCAGAGAGUUAAAAUUUUGUACAAGUGUUAGAUUUUCCAAACUUUUCUUGCAAUGAGUUUUAGAAAUUUAGAAGAGAAAUGAGAAUGUAAAUUGUGGAAAUAAAAAUAUGCUAACAUAAAUCUACUUUAACAAAAAGAAAUCACUCAGAUUAUGUAAAAUUAAGGCAUCAGAUCAAAAUAUUAUUAAACAAAUGUAUAUUAUUAAUAAAGAUGUG